AUGUCGACAGAAACGACAGGUCCUUUGUACAGUAGAAUUCUCGCCACAAACUCGACACCUGUCUUGACAGAGGCGGACGCCAUCGUGCUACUUGGAGACGGAAAGAUCUUGGAGCAGGGUAAAUACAACCAGCUCAAAGCCGCGGGAGGUGACUUCGCCAAUCUUAUUGGCCAAGUGAAGAACUUGAACCAGAGCGAUGCGGCGUUGACCUCCGAGAAUAUUGCCACUUCCGCAAGAGAAGUUAUGACCAAUGGGCAACAACCACUUGACUACCUCAGGCUACCGAAAAUGACGGAAGCAGUUGGGUUAAGCCAAACUUCUUCCCCCAAUGGUCGUACCGACCCAGAAAGGUCGGGCCUUGGACCAAACAUCCUGGAUAUUGAGGCGGCUAAAAGGAAGCCUAAACGCAAGGAAUUCAUGCAACAGGGGAGUGUCAAGUGGAAAGUCUAUGGUAACUACGCAAGAGCGAGCAGCCUCUUCGCCGUGGCUAUCUAUGCCGUUACCCUUGUAGGCGCUCAAGUUGCUGAGAUCGGAGGAAACGUCUGGCUGAAGCAGUGGUCUGAGGCAAACGACAAGCCAGGCACGGACGUGGACGUCAAGAAGUAUCUUGGUGUCUAUGUUGCGUUUGGACUUGGAUCAGCUAGCUUGGUCAUUUUGCAGUCAUCGACAUUGUGGCUAUGGUGCUCAAUCGAGGCUUCUCGAAAAUUACACGAAAGCAUGAUCCUUGCAAUUUUGAGAUCUCCGAUGACUUUCUUCGAGACAACGCCGGCAGGCCAAAUUCUCAAUCGGUUCUCCAGUGAUAUCUACCGUAUUGAUCAAUCGCUUCCGCGGCAAUUCAAUACUUUAUUUAUUAAUAGUGUCAAAGCACUGUUCAGUCUCGCCGUCAUCUCCUCUGGAGCGCCUGCGUUUAUCUUACUGGCUAUUCCCCUCGUCAUGCUGUAUAGCUAUAUGCAGCAGUACUACCUAGGAGCGAAGCGAGAGUUAAAGCGCUUAGAUGGUGUCAGUCGCAGUCCUGUCUUUGCUCACUUUCAAGAGUCCCUUGGUGGUCUCACAACCAUCCGGGCAUACCUCCAGCAAGACCGGUUUAUCCACGACAAUGAGCAUCACCUAGAUGCUAAUAUGAAGGCGUAUAUUCCAUCUAUUACGGCGAACCGGUGGCUGGGUGUUCGACUGGAAUUUAUAGGAUCAAUUAUCAUUCUGGCCACUGCCGGGCUCGCUCUUACUAACCUGUCACUUGGUAACCAUUUGUCUGCGGGCAUGGUUGGUUUGAUGAUAUCUUACGCACUGCAAAUUACGCAGUCUUUUAGCUCACUUGUUCGAGCCACUGGAGAGGUUGAAACGAACAUUGUCUCGGCUGAGCGUGUCCUAGAAUAUACUCAACUACCUAGCGAAGCACCAGAGGUAAUACCAAAUCACCGCCCCACAGCCAGUUGGCCUUCAAGGGGUUCUGUGAAGUUUGUCGAUUAUAGCACGCGUUAUCGGCCUGAGUUACCCUUGAUUCUUCGGAACCUCAAUCUCGAUUUCAAGCCGUGUGAGAAGAUUGGCGUAGUGGGCCGCACUGGUGCUGGGAAAAGCUCACUGGCCCUGGCACUAUUCAGGAUCAUCGAAGCAUCUGGAGGAAACAUUCACAUCGACGACAUUAACACCUCGACUAUCGGCCUCUUAGACCUACGGCAACGACUCAUAAUUAUCCCACAAGACCCUGCGCUGUUUGAAGGAUCCAUUCGCGAGAAUCUCGAUCCUGCUGAGGAUCAUGAUGAUACGGAGCUCUGGACUGCUCUUGAGCUUGCACGACUGAAAGAACAUGUAGCCAGCAUGGCCGGUGGACUAGAUGCCAAGGUAUACGAAGGAGGAUCAAAUCUUAGUCAGGGACAGAAACAGCUCGUGUCUUUGGCCCGUGCGAUGCUCAAGCCAGCGAGCAUUCUCGUGCUGGAUGAAGCGACUGCUGCCGUGGACGUAGAAACAGAUACACACCUCCAGCGGACACUCCGCGAGAACGUCUUCAGCAACCGAACCGUUAUCACAAUCGCACAUCGCAUCAAUACAAUCAUCGAUUCUGACCGCAUCGUCGUGCUCGAAAACGGCAAGGCUGUUGAGUUUGAUACGCCUGCUGCGCUGAUGCAGCAAAAGGGGGCUUUCUACCAGCUUGUAAGAGAGGCUGGACUUUCAGAGAGUUUAGGAUAUUAGACUAUUAUUAUGUUUACCAUUACCGAUAAAAUUGAGAUCACUUGAUAUCACAUUUCUCUAGGGGCGUGUAGACAGGGUAUCGGAUAUAUUAGAUUCCCUAUACGAACCAUCCUCUCUCGAUAAGAGGCAGUUUUAGGCUUUGGACAGCCUCGCAUCGUUGAAUCUUAGCCAUAGCAUCGGUGAGCCCGGAA